GGCAGAAGCUUGUUCAAACAUUUGGGUGUGUCUCGGAAAUGAGGAGGUCACGCAGGCAAAUAAGAUAUCAAUUGUAACCCCUCCUUCUCUAAGGCGAGACACAACCUCUACCCGUUAAAACUGAUAGUAUUAUUGAGUUUCAGAAGAUCACUACGGUAAUAAAGAGCAACAACGCUAGUGUGAUAUAUCGCAUAACACGUACUGAGAGGAUCGGUGCUAGGCAACCUCUGCUUUCUUCCGUGGUUUCAUCGCGAUCUUUGGAUCCCGUGCGGCAAAAAAGGAAAAAAAAUACAGAUUGACAUCCUGCGUCACAAUGUAUCACACUUUACGAAAAUUUGUGUUUACCGACUCGCAAUGCAUGGGGGGCCAAAGCACGAAAAGUUUCGAAGAGUUGUUUGAGAAGUUGGAUGUAAAUAAAGAUGGGAAAGUGGAUGUUUCGGAGCUGAAGACAGGCCUCGCCUCCAUGGGCUUUUCUUUGGGAAAAGGAGAAGCACAGAAAAUUGUUUCUUCUGGAGACACUGAUAAGGACGAGGUCCUGGACUUUGAGGAGUUUUCAAAGUAUCUCAUAGAACAUGAAAAAAAACUCCAACUGACCUUCAAGAGUCUGGACAAGAAUAACGAUGGUCGCAUUGAAGCCAAAGAGAUUCAGCAGUCACUUAAAGUCCUCGGGAUAAACUUGUCAGAUAAAGAUGCAGAGAAGAUCCUCUACAGUAUUGAUGCGGAUGGAACCAUGUCUGUUGACUGGAAUGAAUGGAGACAACAUUUCCUCUUUAACCCAGCAGAUGACAUUCAGGAGAUCAUACGCUAUUGGAAACACUCCACUGUGCUGGAUAUAGGUGAUAGUCUAGCUAUCCCAGAUGAGUUCACAGAGGAAGAAAAGACCACCGGCAUCUGGUGGAGGCAGCUGGUUUCUGGGGGUGUGGCAGGCGCUGUUUCUCGAACAGGCACUGCUCCUCUGGACAGAAUGAAAGUCUUUAUGCAGGUUCAUUCUUCAAAAACGAACAAAAUCAGUCUGUCUAGCGGGUUCAAGCAGAUGAUUAAAGAAGGGGGCGUGGCCUCUCUGUGGAGAGGAAAUGGAGUCAACGUCAUAAAAAUCGCUCCAGAAACCGCAAUCAAGUUCAUGGGUUAUGAACAGUUUAAGAAGCUGCUUACAAAGGAAGGUGGACAAAUCCAGCCGCACGAGAGGUUUAUGGCUGGAUCUCUGGCCGGAGCGACAGCUCAGACAGCCAUCUACCCAAUGGAGGUGAUGAAGACCAGACUUACUUUGGGGAAGACCGGUCAGUAUUCCGGAAUGUUUGACUGUGCCAAGAAGAUUCUGAAGAAGGAAGGAGUCAAGGCCUUUUACAAAGGCUACAUUCCCAACAUCCUGGGCAUUAUUCCAUAUGCAGGAAUAGAUUUAGCAGUGUAUGAGACCCUCAAGAAUGCCUGGUUGUCACGCUAUGCCAAAGAAACUGCCAACCCAGGGCUGUUUGUUCUUCUCGGCUGCGGAACCGUUUCCAGCACAUGUGGCCAGUUGGCAAGCUACCCCCUCGCCCUGAUCCGCACACGCAUGCAGGCACAGGCAUCUAUGGAGGGAUCGGAGCAGGUGUCCAUGACCAGGCUAGUGCAGAAGAUCUUAAAGAACGAAGGAUUUUUUGGGCUGUACCGGGGAAUCUUGCCUAACUUCAUGAAAGUGAUUCCAGCUGUGAGCAUCAGCUAUGUGGUGUAUGAAUAUAUGCGGUCUGGAUUAGGCAUUUCCAAAUGAUGCACGUCCAUGUAUGCGAGAGAGGAGCGUCUGUGUGUGACGUCUUGCAUGUGUUUAAAGUCGCACAAAUGUUAUCCGCCUGUCCGUGACGAGAGAACAUGUUUUGUUCAUCAACCAAAGUGCAACUAUUUUUCCAAAAUAUCAACUCUGGGGAAAAAGCCAUUUUGGUGUUUUGCAAUGAGAUAGGUGCCCUUAAAGAAUUCCUGUUUACAUUGAUCUAUUAUACUGGUUUUACUAUAAGUUUCGUCCAUUUUUGUCAUAUUAUUUGUUAAUUUAAUAUUAAAACAUGAUGUUUUAAUAAUAUAUUGAGGCCCCAGUAGACACUUCACUGUCCCUGUGUGGUAUGAGAUUGCAGGUGCUAUAAUACCUGAAACCCAAAAAUUGGGAACGGUGACCAAAAUAAUAAAAAUCCUAGUUCUCUAAAGUUUACAUUUAGUUAUUUGUACAAACAGUACAACAGUCCAGAUUCAGUCCACGGUUGGAUUUCAGUUCAGAGGGUUGAUUAUUCAUUAUAAUGUAAUUUUCAAUCACAUGUUUGUCAGAUAUUGAUUUGUUUGUCAGAUAUUGAUUUGUUUAGCACUGUGACAAAAAAUGUGCCUUAUAAUUUGUUCAGAAGUACAUGCAAGUCCCAUCCAUUGUACACUUUGGAAAUAAUGUGUUGCCUUUUAUCCUGAACGGUUUGUUUGUUUAAGAAGCUCUUGUUUAUAUUAAAGGCUGUAUUUUAA